GAGAGAGAAGGCAAGAGGGGGGUGGCCUGAGGAACGCGCCACUGGGAAAAGUUUUGAGAAACAGAGAGAGAUAGGGAGAGAGGGAGGCAUCACCACUGAGAGAAGUCACAGACAAAGUGGAAGGAAAAUGAAAAAGGCUGUCAACAUCUGAGGCCGCGCUUUGGUCGGGAGGAGGGAUUUUCCGGACUUUUUCUGUCUCUUUUUCCUCCGACCCUCGGGCCGGCAGGACAGGCUUUGGAAUGCCUGCCGAGAGGCGCCGGGGCAUACGGAGUGAGGAGAGCCAUGCGAGACGUGGAUGCUGCCUUCUGCUGGCUCCGUUUACGCCAAAUGAGGGACGAACGCGGGAGCGCUUCAUCGGGGCUGGGCCGGCUCGGAAAGGAUGCCAGCUGCUAGCACAAUGACUGGUGGGAGGGCGCUGCUGCUCUGUACAAACACUGACAACACUAUCUACCAAUCAGUCAACGGACUCCAUUGCUGCGGCUUGAAGAUUGGGGAGACUCCGUCGUCUGCGGUGCCCCGGCGCCAAGAGGUGUGUGGGCUACCAGGGGACGGACACAAGAGGGACUCGGGUCCUCCCGGCAGCAUGCUGACUCACAGGAGAACGGCCAGCGCCAGCGCCCCGAGGACUCCCAACGUGGAGAACGGACAGUGCGGCAAGCUGAAUAAGGGCCAAGUCGGAGUCAGGGCCGCGAGUAUCCGCGAUAAAAUCUCCCAAUGGGAGGGCAAAAAGGAGCCCAGCCAAGCCAUUUCCGUGGAGGCUUGUCCGCUAAGCACCACGCAGAAGGAAAUUGAGUCAGUCAGAAAAAAGGAAUUCAAACCUCCGGAGGUCCAACGGACAAACAGCAAGAGAUUUGUAAGCUGGGACAGGCAAGACUCAGGAAAAGAAAAUGCCGGAAAGCUCGGCGGGGAUGCGAGGACUAAAUCUCCAGAAGGCCUGAGCAACAAGGACAAAGAAAUCAUUCUGGAGCGAGGACUGCGGGCUACUAAGGCGACGCAACAACCCCAAGACAAGAAAACUGUUUUAACUCGCGUUAAGAAACUGGAAAGAGCGACACAAGAAGUCCAGAGUGGGAUGUCGCUGGCGUUUCCGGGGAAUUACUUCAGCCCGCCAUCAAAGGAUGAGCUGGAAGAAACAGAAAAGCGCCUCACCGAACCAAUUUUCGGGACAGUCGGCUCCAGGUGGAGGAAAGAAAGCGAUGGCGAGAACGUAUAUAGCGAGCCGGGCGCCCCGUCCAUCAACCCUCUGCCCAAACCGCAGAGAACCUUCCAGCACCACACGCCGCCUUCCACCCCGGUCUCGGGGUUCGGCGGUUCCUGUAAAGGCAAGAGGACGUUGCCUCCUUUGCCUUCCUUCCCCCCUCCGCCUCUACCCACCUGCCCGCCUCCCGGAGUUUGCAGGAGACCUUGGACGGACAGAUCCCACCAUAGCAGCAACAGGAAGUCUUACGAAUUCGAAGACCUGCUCCAGUCGUCCUCGGAAAGCUGCAGGGUCGACUGGUACGCACAGUCCCGCCUGGGCCUCGCACGCACUUUAUCGGAGGAGAAUGUCUACGAGGACAUCAUUGACCCUCCAUCUAAGGAGAAUCCCUACGAAGACAUCGAGCUGGAGAGAAGUUGCCUCGGGAGCAAAUGUGUAUCACCUGCCUCCUCCUCACCCAUUCCUGACACUCCGGCUAAGUUGUGCUCCAAGCCUGGCUUCUUCAGGCAGAACUCCGAGCGACGGAGUUUCAAACUCUUGGAGUUACGCAAGACCAACAGGGACGCUGGCGUGUGUUCACCGUCACGCGUCAGCCCGCCGUCCACGCCAAGCAGCCCCGAUGACACCCCCUGCCUCUCCGGGGACCCGUACAACCGGCGACGGAGGAAAAUCCCCAAGAUGGUGAUAAAAAUCAACGGUAUUUUCGAGGCUCGGAGAGGGAAAAAGCGCAUGAAGAAGGUGUCUCAGUCCACCGAGUCCAGCUCAGGGAGAGUGACCGACGAGAACAGCGAGUCAGAAAGUGACACGGAGGAGAAGCUAAAAGCUCAUAGCCAGAGGCUGGUGUCGGUCCAGUCCAUGCUGAGGCAGACGGGGCGGUACCGGACCUUGGACAGGGAUCUGAUGGAGGACAGAAAACUUUUCGAGUACUUCAUUGUGGUGGCACUCCACAAGACCAAAGCUGGAGUUCCUUAUCUGCCGGAAGUCACGCAACAGUUCCCUCUUAAACUUGAACGCAGCUUCAAGUUCAUGCGGGAGACAGAAGACCAGCUGAAGGUCAUCCCUCAGUUCUGCUUCCCCGACGCCAAAGACUGGGCGCCGGUCGAUAACUUCCCCAGUGAGACAUUUUCAUUUGUGCUGACCGGUGAGGAUGGAAGUCGUCGAUUUGGCUACUGCAGACGAUUGCUGCCCAGCGGUAAAGGCCGAAGGCUCCCCGAGGUCUACUGCAUCGUCAGCCGCUUGGGCUGCUUUGACCUUUUUUCCAAGAUCCUGGACGAGGUGGAGAAGAGGAGAGCCAUCUCACCUGCGCUGGUGCAGCCCUUCAUGAGAGGCAUCAUGGAGGCUCCUUUUCCUGCACCGGGAAGAACAAUCAGUGUCAAAAACUUCCUGCCUGGCUCGGGGACAGAGGUGAUCGAGCUGUGUCGGCCUUCCGAUUCUCGACUGGAACAUGUCGACUUUGAGUGUCUCUUCUCCUCGCUGAGUCUGCGUUUGCUCCUGCGAGUGUUCGCCUCCCUGCUCCUGGAGCGCCGGGUCAUCUUCACCGCAGACAAGCUCAGUACCUUGUCGCAGUGCUGCCAUGCCGUGGUGGCUCUCCUCUACCCGUUCACCUGGCAGCACACGUAUAUUCCCGUGCUGCCGCCUUCCAUGCUGGAUAUCGUGUGCACACCAACACCCUUCAUCGUCGGCCUGCUCUCCAGCUCUCUGCCUCGACUUAAAGAGCUUCCUAUAGAGGAGGUCCUGGUUGUCGACCUCGGCAACAGCCGCUUCCUACGACAGAUGGACGACGAGGACUCCAUUCUCCCCCGCAAGCUGCAGGCAGCUCUGGAACAUGUUCUGGAGAAGAGGAGGGAGCUGGCCUCGGACAAAGGAGACCUGCUCAGUGAUUCCAGUUCCCUCAGCACAGUCGCGUCCGAGGCAUUUGUGCGCUUCUUUGUGGAAAUGGUCGGCCAUUAUUCCAUCUUCAUGGGAGGCUUAGAGCGUGAGGACGAGUCACCCAGCCCCCCUCCUUCCUCCUCCUCCUCCUCUUCCACCUGUUCCUCCUUUCAACGGGAGGCCUUUCGUAAGGCGGUCACCUCCAAGAGUUUGAGGAGGUUCCUGGAGGUGUUCAUGGAGACGCAGAUGUUUACGGGUUUCAUCCAGGAGAGGGAGCUGCGCAGACAGGGCCUCAGAGGUCUGUUUGAGGUCCGAGCACAGGAGUACCUUGACUCGCUUCCUGGCAGUGAACAGCGACGAGUCAACAAAUUUUUAAAAGGCUUAGGAAACAAGAUGAAAUUCCUCUCCAAGAAGUGAUGCUUGGCGAUGUGAUGAUGAAAGAAGGCGGCGAAAAUAAAAAGGGUCGUUUUCAAAUGAAAGCAGGAACCUUAUAAUGGAAUAAACUCAUUCCUAGUUAUGUGUGAACUCUGACCCCAGAUGAGCUUUCAGUGUAAAGCAAAGCACAGUGUAAAUAUUUCAGAAACCUUCUGGACAACUCGUACAUUCCAACUCUUUCCUUUAGAAGUUUUGACAUAAUUACAACUUCUUCAACAGGAGGCUUCACGUUAAUUUAUAUCCUUUUUUUUUUUUUAAGUAAAUGUAAUCUGUGUAAAGAAAUCUAGUUUGUUCAUAGACUUUAUUUAACAAGGUCUAGACGCGGUCUGUUGUUUGUUAAUGAAUUGUUUUGUAUGUUUACCAUCAAACGAAAGGCAGAGGAGGAAAAUGUGAAGACGAGCAGAAAAUGAAUGUGUGGUAGGUCAAUCAAUAUCCAUGGGUUUGCCUUAACCUUUGAGAAUGGAACUUUAUAAAUAAAGUUGUAAAUUUGUAUUUGAUGGGUAA